UUAGAGAUUAAAAUAUUUUAUGUCUGAUGGCUUCUGGCAUAAACAAAAUUCAUCAGCCCGGGACUUGCAAUGAAGCUAGAGCCGCUCACUGCAGCUCGACAGGGGAAUGCAACCAAGAACUCCACCUGAAAAUGUGCAAGAAGAUUGCCCAGCUCACCAAGGUAAUAUAUGUUUUGAACACUAAAAAUGAUGAGCAUGAGGCCAGUAUACAGACUCUUACAGAAGCCCAUCAAGAGGAAAUUCAGCACAUCCUUGCUGAGACCAGAAAAACCAUUCUCCAAUAUAAAUGCAAAGUAGGAGAGGAGCAGGAGCUACAUAAGCAUGUUCACACUCUUGAAGAUACACUGGAGCAACACAGGCUAAACAAAGAAGCCUUAGAAGAAUUUACCAUGUGCAAGAAGCAGGUGGAUGAGAGGGCAUUCAGAACAGAGGCAAAACAUGCUGAAAGGAUCAUUACCCUUUCCAAGGAGAUGCUAGAUACAAAAACAGACUUUGAAAACAAGUCUCAACAUUUCAACAAGGAAUCUGAGAGCCUGGUAAAUGAAUGUAAGCUACUUAGGCAAGAGAAAUUGGAUAAAAAGGAGACAAUAGAUGAAAAAUGUAACCUACAGUUGCAGACUCUAAUUAAUGAAAUGGAAAACCUCAAGAGGGAGAACCAGAAAAUAACUGAAGAAUAUGUCCAGAAAUCCAGCAAACUACACACCCCUUCCAAGAAAGAAAAAGAGAUGUUGAAAAAGACCAUGCAGCAGGCAGUGACUAAUACACAGAAACAGCGCCAGCAAAGAGCAACAGAGCAAAAGAAAAGUUCUGGGGCCCUGGAAGCUGCCUUGCUGGAGCAGGUGAAGAAGCUGGAAACUGAGAUGGAAGUGAAAGGUCUAAAGAUAAAUGAGUUGAAGAAUCAUUCCCAGAAGCUAAUGGAGAGGAUGCAGGAUUUGGAAAUACAGCUCAAGGAAUCACAACAAGAGAUGCUGGAGUCCAAAAGCACAGUGAAAAAAGUGGAAGAAGAACUGACUGUAGCCAGAGAGAGGCUCAUGUUGCAGGAGAAUGAAAUAUUGAGUAAAGCAGAAGAAAUGGAAACUAUACUGAAUUCCCAAAGCAAAGCUGAGAAAGAAGUAGAUGAACUGAAGAAUCAAAUAAUGCAGAUGAAGCAAAUGACCUCUACCAAACAGAGCCAAACCAAGAAAGGCAGUGAAGACACACAAGUAUUUACAAAGCCCAUGGAAGUUGCAGCUACUGAAACAGAAGAUAUGAAGCAACAGCACAAAGAAGAACUUCAUAAAAUUAAAUGGCAGUCAAAUGAGAAAACGCGUCGGAAGGAUCAGGAGAUGCACAGAGUUUUGACGAUCCUAGAUGAGCCUGAAAUAACUUUGGAUCCAGCAAAACAACAUCACAUGGCUCUGUUUCUACAGCAGAAAGAUGGGUCUAAGUUGCAGAGAGAAAGUGGCAAAAGCCAAGAGCCCUUAAGAGCACAGACAGGGACCAGACAUGAAGCCAAGCCACGGCUAGAAAGUGCACGUGUCCCCAAAAGGGAAGGCAGGCAUUCUUUUCUCACUGCUUUCCAGAAAGAGAAGACAAAAGAAGCAAAGACCUUGCAGGAAGAACGGCAAAACCAAAAGUCAAAUUUACAAGUGCAGGUUGCUCAGCUAAAGCAAACUUUAGCUCACCAAGCAAAUAACUUCAAAGAAUCUCUGAAGGAGCAGACUCUACAGUCCAGCAAAGAAAAAGAAAAGCUUUUACAGGAUCUUCAGGACACUGUAAAACAAAGCCAGAAUUGUAAAGCUCAGCUGGAGGCAUCACAUCAGAGAACCCUACACAUGCUAGAAAAAAGCAAAAAUCAAGAACUCAAGGAGGUAGAGGAACAUUUGAAGAAGCAAUAUGAUGACAACAUCAAAAUCCAGCAUCAGUUUCACAGAUUGGAAGUACAGGCUUUGGAAGAGAAAGCAAAAAAAGAGGGUGAAAUUGAAUGGAUACAAAAACAACAAGCUGCAUUGAUAGAAACAUUGAGGAUGGAGCUAUCUGAGCAUCACACAUCCUGUAUAAGUCACACAAAACAAAUGGAAGAACUCCAGCUGGAACUGAAGAGUGUGAGAGCACUAAAGAAACAAGAGGAAGGAAGCAAGCAAAACCAAAUUAAAUUUCUUACUGAGGAACUGGAGAAAUGUCAGAAUGAGAUUGCUGGGCUCAAGAAGGAGAAUUUGCUUCUAAGGGACACAACGGAACUGCUGAAUUCAGGGGCGGCCUUACAGAAGCAAGAGCCUCCACUGUCCCCUUGCCUUCAGGACAAUGAGAAGCAGCACAGGCUCCUGGAAGACCUCAAAGUCAAGCACAAAAGAGAACUGGACAUCUUGAAACAAGAGCACCAUAAAGAAAUCCAGAAUAUGGUAUCGGAUUUCAGUAGUGCUCAGGCCCAGCUCCAAGCAAAGAUUGUCUCCGUAGAAACCGAAUGUAAAGAAUUAGAAGAGAAACUAAAAAAGCAAGAACCCAGGCCAGAAGAUAUGCACCUUAUAGGCUGCUUGCAAAACAAAUUAAGUGAGAGAGAAGAGAUUAUCAGACAGCUGACGGAGGGAAGAAAAUUUCAGCAUUUGCUGUUAUCCAGCACUGAAUCUCAUCGGAAUAGAUCCUUUUCUUUCAACCCUACUCCUGGAUGCUUAACUCCUUCCACCAAGCAGAAGAAACUAAAUGAGGUGCCAAGCCGUGUUGUCAGUGUUCCGAAUUUAGCCUCCUAUGCGAAGAACUUCUUGAGCUGUGACUUGAGAUCAAAGAGAACAGCGCCUCCAAUAACAAAAUCUACAAGUUUAGACCAGAGUGCGGGCUCCAUCAGGGCCAGCUAUCAAUCAGCGCAAUCUUCAGACAGUAGCUAUGCUGCAAGAAUACAAGACAAUGAAGUACCCCAAACCAAAGAUGGCCAGAAACAAGACCCCCGGCAUCAGGAAUGGUUUACUAAAUACUUUUCAUUCUAAACUCAAUUAUUUCCAAAGUACUGAGAAAGAUAACUUCCCUUAAUUUCACACUCAUGUGAAAUGUUUAAUCAUUGGGGAAAAAAAGUUUGAGUUGCACACAGCUUAAUAGGAAUCUUAGUGUUCUUGGCAACCAGCUACUAUGGGAUUCAAGAGUGGGUGCCUUAGAAAUAUGAUUAUAAAUAACCAUUGCAAACAUGAAGGCAGGUUAGGUGAAAAAUGAUGGGUAUAUUGUCAUCCCAAUAGCCUGGUGUUGCAGAGAAAUAAUCCUUGAUAUCAAGACAAACUGUUCUACAGUUGUACAGGCAGAGUGCUGAAUUUGUUCCCCAGGGACUCCUGUCCCUGUCUGGCUUUCUCUUACAAAAAUACCUUAACUUUAUUUUGUGCAUGUUUUAGGAUAUAAACCCAUGUAUGAUUAUUUAUUGCAUCCCAUGCGCUCUCAUUUUAUUAUUUAAUAGUCAAAAUAAAUGGGGGGAAAUUACUUGUAAUGGGUGUUUGAUUAAUCUGAUAGUUUGUUUCACAUUUGUUAUUUAGGGUGCAGCAUUUUGACAGACUAUACCGUUGGGUGCUUUUAGAAUUAUUAAUAUAACUAGAUUUACCUGGCUUUGCUCGGGUGUUUAACUCUAAGUUUUUACUUAAAUAAUUGUUUUGAAGUGGGCCUGGGAAUGAGGGGUUUAGUAUGCAGACUGGCCUGGGGAGAGGGAACAAUCCCAACCCUCUCGCACUUCAGCAGUUUAGGGCCAGGUGAGAAGUGCCCAUGGCCACUGCAGCAGGCACAGCUGGAAAAGGCGUGUGUGGGUGUAGCUCAGCUGGGGGACAGAAACACACAGACUGUCUGAAGUAUAUAGUAGCUAGCUGUCCCUUUCUCCACCUGUCCCUUGCUUGCCCAAUGGGGUUGCAGCUAUCCCGGUCCCCAUCUCUGGACCCUUGCUGCCUCUAUGUAGUCAUUCUACAGCGUAAUGCCUCCCUUUCAUAAGAAAUAAUCAAAUCCCAGGCAUAUCCCAGUGUCUUGGCAAAACCAAAUCCUUACCUUGCUUUAAGUUAUGAUAAGAGGAUGCUGCAUACCAAAUUUGAUAGUCUAGCUCUUACUUUUUAGCAGUUCUUGAACAAACUGACUCACGGAUGGACAGAUACACAUUUUAAAAAUGUGUAAGAUUAGAAUGGGGUAUUAUUGCAUCUGCAAUUGUAUAGGCAGCUGAUUACAAGAUACUAUUCUCAUUAAACAUAUUUAAGGAUCAGUCUGAGAAAUUCAUGAUAAAAUUCAACUAUGAACAUUAAUAAAAUUUGCUUACAGAUCAAAUUCAUGUUUUACACUUCAAUUCAUUAUGCAGAAUUUUGAACCAGAGUCUGUACAAUUCAUAAAGUUUCAAGUUUAUGAAAGAUGGAUAUUUAGUACAUACCAUCCAUGUGUAUCUUCAGUAUUCCUACUGUGGGUAUCUAAGCACUAAGUACAUCAAACCAUUGAAAUAACCAAAUUAUUUACAUCUUGUUCAGACACUGCUCAUCAUUCAGACAUACUUUAAAAAGUGUGCAUCUUAAACUAAAUUGCCUACCUGAAGCUGGCUUAGCUGCAUCCCACCCUGACAUUGGACAACAAGGAGUUGCACAUCUGAGCCUACUAUUGAAACACCUGUAACUUUCAGACCCCUUUGCCAGGUCUUAGCCUCCUCAGGUAACCAGACCAAUGCUAGGUGACUUGUGUGGGUGAUUUUUCCCUUGACAAACAAGAUCAGAGCAGAAGCCAGUUUUUUCUCUACAGUGCUUUUUUCAAUAGGGACCAUGAAGGUUUAACAAUCCCAUGUUAGGCGUUUGCCACUAACCCACUAGAACUGCAGUCCAAGACAGCAAUACAAGAACAAGAGACAAAAUGGAGCUUGCAGCUUAGUAGAGAGAGCAUUCAGUCUUACACAGAAUGUGAAAGUUGUACAGAUAUUCUCUAAACUGCCAGAACUGCAUCAUAAUAUGUCAUCAUACAUCAUUCCAGUGAGCACAAGCUACUCCAUGAUAUGUUUAAAAGUCCAAGAGGGAUAGCCAUAUUAGUCUGUAACUUUAAAAACAAUGAGUAGUCCCGUAGCACCUGAAAGACUAACAAAAAUAUAUAUAGUAUCAUGAGCUUUUCUGGGAAAAAUCCACUUCUUCAGAUGAUUAUUGUAUGGCGUGUGAAAAUAUGUAGCAGUCUCCUACAUGAAAAUAAGCUUCAGGCUACUGUUCAAGUCAAGCAGAUGGCUUCCUUGAGUCAACAAUUUAAAGAGCGGCUUUGAGAGAACGUAACUCCCAACUUCUGGAGUUAAAUAUCUCCUGUGUUGAAGCUUCUCUCCACUGAUGGCAGAGUGAAAACAAUUUAAAUCUACCCUCUAAAGGGAUUUUAAUUUAUACUUUUUUUCCUGCAGUAAUACUUUGAGUAAAUUGGCAAGCACAGAGCAGACAAGCUUUCUGGUUCCCUCACUUACAAUAUCUCAGCUAAUUAGCCACAUGGUACACAAUCAGGCAGUACUUUCUCCACUCUAUUUGCACUCCAGGUGCAGCAGCCUGAAACUGGCAACACUCAAUUUCUAGCGAUUCAGCUUAAUCUGCUUUAAUGAGGAAAGCCAACAACUUUCUUCUAAGUUGCCAAACCCUUAAGCUGAGUGGAUAUCAUUUCAGGAGGAAAGGGGGGGGAUCAUAAGUUUGUAGAAACAGAGCAUGGAAAGGGUAGGAAAUUACAAUCAUUUUGCUUUGAUGGAGGAUGACUAGAAAAUAUUAAAUAAUAUCUCCAUCCUGUUCCUACAAAAAGUUACCCUACAAGAUUUUAAAAGCAUCACAUGCCAGAGCAAUUUACCAUUGGCACCAACAUCCUGUCAGCUCUUGUCUACACUAGGAAAAAGAUGCAUUUUUGAUAUACAUCUUCUCGCCUCCCAUUGGCUACAUCUACACUGGCAUGAUUUUGUGCAAGAACUCUUUUGCAGAAGAGUUCUUGUGCAAAAACUCUUCCAGAAGAG